UUCUUUUUGAGCUUUUCAGUUAAAUAUUUGAUUUUUUUUCCAUGGGGAACAAAAAAAGAAAUGGGUAAGAGGUAGUAAUGAGUGUGGGGUUUUCAAUACAGAUGUACAAUAAAAUGUGUGUAUUUUCAUAUGGAUCAUGGUUGUGUUAUUUAGGAAAAUAAGGAGGAAUAUUCCCUUCCUUGGGCAGGUCUCCCAGGCAGCCGACAUGAGAGGACCCCCCCUGUUCCUCUGCCUCUUCUCCGUGUCCUGCUGGGUGAAUUUGAUGCCAACAGCUGGGGAGAAAAUCCUCCACUUUGGAGCCUGCAGGGUUUCCAUGAGCAUGGCAGAGAUCAGGGCUGGCUUCACGGCCAUUAAAGCCAAUAUUCAAUCCAGAGACCCCAUCCGGACCCUGAGCAUCCUGUCCCACCCUCAGUCCCUGCACAAGGUUAAGUCUUCAGACAGAUGCUGCAUCACCUACCAGCUCUUCACCUUCUACGUGGACAAGGUUUUCAAGCACUGCAGGACCGAGGACUCGUUUGUGAACAGGAAAAUCAGCAGCAUUGCCAACUCCUUCCUCAGCACCAGGAGGAAGCUCGGGCAGUGUCGCGAGCAGAAUAAUUGCCUGUGUGGGGAGGAAUCCACGGAGAAAUUCAAGCAAAUACUUGCAAACUAUGAAGGGCUGAAUGUCACCUCUGCAGCCAUGAAAUCCCUGGGGGAGCUGGACAUCCUCCUGGACUGGAUGGAGAAAUCUCGUUAGCGGGCGGUGUUAAUUACCCAGGGGCUGUGCUGAGGAGCUGCAGGGGCUUUGCAGAGAUGAGAGGGACAAUAAAUCACUGUAUCAGUGCAGCUCCCCAGCAGUUCCAGCUGCACUCAGGCAAACAGGGGGAGCUUUGCCAGCCAGGGACAUCAGCAGAGUCUUCAUUAGGGCGGAAAUAACGAGUUUGAUUCAAUCAGCAUCGCCCUCGCUGCUACCAAAGGAUGCUCCCAGGGAAAACCCACAGGGGUUUCUCUUGCUGGCAGACAUAAGCUGUGAUCAUGUCAUAAAACUCUUGUUUAAAUUACAGAUAUUUUGCCUAGGGGAUGUGGGGAAUGAGUGCUGGGAGCUGGCUGGUGCAGCUGGUGUUGAAUAAACCCGGGCUCGUUCUCGGGGCUGCUGCCACUGAUGGAUCUGGCUGAAAUGAGAAGUACAGUGUGGGAAAUGCUUCCAAGAACAGGUCCUAGCAGGUAUGUCAGGCCUUAGAAAUCUGUGUUUCCUUUUGAGAUGAUAUUUUCUGCCUUAUCAGUAAAAAAGUUUCUGUGCCAGAUAUGUGGUUGCUGAACAGAAAAAGGUUUUUGAGUGUAUUGAGCAACUUACUGACACUCAGUAGUGAGUUUUGUGGAAAUUGGUGGUGAUGACCAUAAAUAAACCCAACUUGAAACUGUGCUGAGUCUGUUUGUCAAAAUUCUGAGGAAUUGUAUGAUUCUUGCUGGUGAAACAUUCUGAAUUCUCUGUGGUGUCCUUUUACAGCAGAUGCUGUCACUCCAUCCUACCGGGCAUGCCAGAAACACCAAACUCAGGCCUCAGUGCUACUAAAUCCCCCCAGUUUGUCCCCAAAACUGGGCAUUAUUUACAGCUCUGGUCUGUUCUCUCCCAUUCUGGGUGUUGCUGGUACCCAGUGUGUGCCCUAAAUCCCAGCUGGGGCACAGCACCAGCAUCUCCCUGUGGCACGAGUGUCAGGCUGGCAUUUGGUGAUUCCCUUUCCAAGGAAAGAUCUCUGACUGCUCACUGUCCUCCCUGAGAUAUUUGCUGAUGCCAAAGGAAGGCUUCUCAGGGCUUUGGUUCUGUUAAUUCACCUUCCUGUGGGUUUCAUUUGUCCAGGUGUCAGGGCAUGAACAGGUGAGCAGUGCUCAGGAGAGCUGCUGGUUCAGCUCCAUCACUCCUUCAGGAAUGGCAGGAGUCUGGGACAUUCCAGGGUUCUCUGUGGAAGAACAACCCCUGGGGAUGGUGCUGGGGUGCAGUGAGGUGCCACAGCUUGUCCCUGACCACAGGAAAUCAGCUGGCACCUGCUGAAGGAGCAGGGGCUGCUUGGUGAGAUCCUCAGGGAUCUUUGUGGGCUCUGGAUCACAGCUGGAGGGUUUUACUCCCCUCCUUCAGCUUCACAAUCAUUGCAGCUCCUCCCAUCGAUCCCACCCUGUGUGCUGCACCCCUCAGCCCAUGCCUGGCUCAGUGCUUUCACCUAACCCAGGGAUUUUACUCUUCUGUCCCCACUGCAGGGCACGGCAGCAGCCAGGGCCAUCCCCCACUCGGGAUGGGGAAAUAUCCAAUACCCUGGGCUCUAUUCCUUCUCUGCUUCUCACAAUAUUCCUCCUCCAAAACCAUUUCAAUUCCAAAAUACUCCACCAAGCUGAGACUAAGCCCCUUGCUGCUGUGUCCGCCUCUCCUGCCCCUUCCUGCUUUCAUGUUUAUUAAGAUACGAAGUUUGUGAAGAUGCGAAGUAUGGAGCAAGAUCUCUGAACUUGAUCGCUUCUCCACCCGAAAGGUGCCAGAUGUUGCCUAAACUAAACUGCACAUUGCAAUGAGAACAAUUAAUUAAGUGGCAGCACUUAAUUAGCUGGAAGGAAGCGGGGGGAAGGGGUGGGGGGCACGGCAGGCGGCCGAGGGCUGCGGGAGGGCUGCGGGAUGCUCAGCCCAGCCCCUGCUCCUCUGCCGGAGCUCAGCUCAUCCCGGCCGCUCCCAGGAGCUGCGGAAAGGACGCCGUGGGGCAGGCUGAGGAGGAAGAGGAUUUACAAAGGGAGAGCGAAAGGGGUUUUCUCCUCUCCGAAAUUUCCAAACCCGAGCGUUCUCCUGCCGCUGCUGCCCGCCGGGGAUGCUUUCCAGGCUCGCGCCUUUCCUGCUGCACCUGAGUCAGGCAUUCCCUCCCUUCCCGGCUCCGGGCGGGCGCGGGCCUGUCCUGGUCCCAGCACGGACCUGUCCCGGGUGCCAGCACGGACUUGUCCCGGUCCCUCACGGACCUGUUUUGGUCCCUUCACGGACCUGUCACGGUCCCAGCACGGACCUGUCCCGGGUGCCAGCACGGACUUGUCCCGGUCCCUCACGGACCUGUUUUGGUCCCUUCACGGACCUGUCACGGUCCCAGCACGAACCUGUCCCGGGUGCCAGCACGGACUUGUCCCGGUCCCUCACGGACCUGUCUUGGUCCUUCCACGGACCUGUCCCGGUCCCUCAUGGACCUGUUCCAGUGCCAGCAGGGACAUGUCCCGGUCCCUUUCACGGACUUGUCCCGGUCCCUCACGGACAUGUCCCAGUCCCUUUCACAGACCUGUCCCGGUCCCAGCACGGACCUGUCCCGGUCCCUCACGGACCUGUCCUGGUGCCAGCACGGACCUGUCCCGGUCCGUUUCUCGGACCUGUCCUGGUCCCUCACGGACCUGUCCUGGUGCCAGCACGGACCUGUUCCGGUCCCUUUCUCGGACCUGUCACAGUCCCUUUCUCGGACCUGUCCCGGCCCCUCACGGACCUGUCCCGGUCCCUCCACGCCCUUCCCGAGCCCAAAACCCCUUCCCACAGCGCUGCUGAGGGGAUGCAGCCCGGGGGAUGUGGCAGGUGAGCCCUCACCUCCCUUUGAGGGCAGGCAGGAAGGUGCCAUGUGGGUGUGAGAGCUGGUGAGCAGGAGGGAGAUGCUGCCCCGCUCAUGCCAGCAUGAAAAUCCACGAUUCAGGAAUUAUUUGUGUUUCAUCCUUAGUGAAAUUCUGGAAUCUACAAUUCAGGAAUCAUUUGUGUUUCAUCCUCAGUGCAAUUCUGGAAUCCACAAUUCAGGAAUCAUUUGUGUUUCAUCCUCAGUGCAAUUCUGGAAUCCACAAUUCAGGAAUCAUUUGUGUUUCAUCCUCAGUGCAAUUCUGGAAUCCACAAUUCAGGAAUCAUUUGUGUUUAUGCUCAGUGAAAUUCAGUGUCAGCUGGAUAACCCAGCCUGCCAUUGUCACCCCUUCCUGCACUGCUUUAUCCGUGGGAUAUUCAGCUUUUCCCACCCUUGCUGUGCCUCCCUGGGUGGGCUCUCCUGUGACAUCCCACAGACGCCGAGUUCCCCGCUCUGCUGAAAGCCACUGGAUUCUUUAUUGCUGUGCACACAAACACUCCAGGCGUGUCUGCCCUGCAGGUGCUGCCCCCAGGUCGGGAAAGCUCAGAGGAAUCAAAAGCAUCAGACGCUCUUCUAAAGGGUUUCCCAGCUGCCUUUAAAAGAUAAUGGGAUUUUUUUUUUCAGGUUUUUUUUUUUUUUCACAAUGCUCCUUCUGGCCUGUGAGAGCCCAGUGUAAGAACUGGGGCUGCUGGUGGGAUGAGCCACUCGAGUUCCUGCU